GAUGAUGCAUUUUCCCGGAAGGAGCACAUCUCACGUGUACUUUUAAGAUGCGAUGAUUUUAUACACUCACUCAGUGACAUUAUUUAUGUUUUAUCAUAUAUAUGGAGGAGUGUGAUUAUUAUUAUAGCUUUAAAUAGAUGCAUUUGUGUUUGGAUGUUUCUCAAACACUGAUAAUGUCCAGUUCAGCUUUAUUAUCAAUGAACCAAGAGCUCAAAACAUGCUUUAAGGUGUUGAAAGCGAAUAAACUGGUUUGGGACAGUGGAAUAGAUGAAUGUAAGCCUCUCUUGAGCUCUCUUGGAAAUCUUGCAGUGCAGUUGAAGGCGUUGAAAAGCGUCCAGAUUUCAAACACGCCUCUUUCCAGUUUCCCCAGUUUACACGAACGGCUUCACUACAAACUGUCUCUGGCGGUGGAUGCGGUUCUGAUGAAGCUAGCUGAGAAGAUGGAUGUUCUCCAGCGUGUGCGAGACGCCGUCGGUCAACAGGUGUCUGCGGUGUUCCAGUUCUAUGAGAAAAACGCAGACUCUCUUGACAUCGCUGGUUGCGUCUCCAGAUCAGCCGUCUGUCCCUCCGUCUCAGAUAUGUUAGAGUGGCUUCAGGAUGCGGAACGCUACUACCGCCUGCAAUUAGUGCAGAGAAGGAACCUCCUGCAGUCGCUGACUCCCAGUGACCUUACGUUAAUGGAAACAGCGCCAAAGAGAUGGGAAUCUCUACAUUCAGCCAGCGGAGAGGAGAGAAUCGCAGAUGCAUUGUGUCAAGUAUCGUUCUUCAUGGAGACUGAAUGAAUGUCUGCUGUGAUUAUCAAGAUCAUGUCCACAUUCGGGUUUUCUCAGUAUCACAACGAAGGAUGCUUUAAUGGAGAGACAGUUUAUUGCCUCUAUACACAUGAUGGAUCUGACUCCUGAAUUAAUUUUAUUUUGCUAAAUACAUGCUUUGCAUCAGCAUCAUUGUAAGAGCAGUGCUCUAUUUUAAUAAAUGUGGUUAUUUAA